AUGUUCAAAGGAUUAAAAUCAAAGUUGGAAGAUGAAGCGAGAAGGUUGCAUGCAACAGUAUCACAGUACAGCGAAAAUAUUGCCCAACAAGUACGAUCCGGUGUGAACGACAUUGGAAAUGACGCAGGUGGCCACGCACAUGAUACCAGGAGGGAUUCUUCACUCUUCUCUCCAAGUCUUUUUGUUGAUGACUCUGGAAAUAAUUUCGAUACAGAACAAUUGAAUGAGCAGAAUCCGAAUAGUUCGGCUAUGAUGCAAGAAAUACCCGAACAAUAUUUGCUCAGUGAGUCACAACAGCGACAUAAUUCAAGUGGUUCUUUCGAAAGCGAGAGCUCAUUCAGUAAUUUAUUUACUGCUAUACCGGGAAUGUUAAGUUCCGGUCAUCGGCUCAAUACAAUAACAUCAGAUGUGGAGAGUGAAAGUGUGACUACCUCAUCCUUGUUUCAAAAUGCUUCAAAGGAACAGAUCUCAACAGUUUUACAUAAAUUGCAAGGUCGUGCGGCAAAUUACCAGGAUAAAUAUCGACGACUUAUGCAAAUGUACAGUGAGUUACUGCGGGAGAACGAAAAAUAUCGGUAUGUAUUAUCGGCUAUGCAGGAUAAAGCACUCGACAGAAUUGGGAAAUUACGCGAAAAAAAUCGCGAGCUAACAGAAAAAAUGCACAAAAUGGAGCUUGAAAGAAAAAACAAGGAAGAAAGCAAAGCAGAAGAUAGGGUAAGAGAAUUACAAGAACUAGUGGAAAAAAAUCGCUUAUGUAUAGAAGAAAAGGAAGAAAGAAUUCGACAACUAACAGAAGAAAAUGAAAGACUAAUAAGAAACACUGUAACAUCGUAUGAUGAACAAAAAAUUAGCGAUUUAGAUGUUCGACGAGUUACUGCGGAAUGGAAGGGUCGUGUAGAUUGGCUGGAGGAGGAAUGGUCUAAACGCUUUUCUGAUUCCGAAGAAGCCAGUACACUUGCAAUAGCCAAGGUGAAGGCAGAAAUGCACAGAGCUUUAGAGGAGAAGGAUGGCGAACUACAGAUAGCUCGUGCCAGAUGCAAGGUUCUCGAAUUAAAUGGGGCAGAAAUACAAACGCAAAUUGAUGAGUUGAAGGCAGCUGUAGAUGCAUUGGAAAAUGAAAAAGCAGAUAUGGUAAAAAAACUAUCGGAGGCGAAGCAACAAGGUGUUAAAGCAAUACGAUGCGAAGAAGAGGCAAAACGACAAGAGUUAAGGAGAGAAAUGGAAAGAAAGCGGGCAGAGGAAAGAGAGCAAGACGAACGACUUUUUCAGGAAAUGAUUAUGAAAAAUGAUGAGCAAUGGGCUUUGAAAUUUAAAGAGCAAGAAGAACAGAUGCAGCUGGCUAUCGAGGAACGAGAAAUGCAAAAAGUGGCAGCUGUAAUGGAACAUGAUCGAAAGAAUGAGAAUUUGGGCGUUCAAGUAGAACAGCUCACUGCGGAGAAAUUGCAUUUGAAGUCAGUUUUGGAUGAUAUGAAAGAAAGGCAUCGACAGCAAGUGGAAGAACUAUCUAUUUCUAUUGAAUCCAAUAAAGAAAGACAUCAACAGGAAAUUAAUGAAAUCAAAAAUAAAGAGGAAGAAGUCGUAGCAGCGCUCAAAAGAGAUUUUGAAGCGGCUAUGAAAUCAAACAAACAGCUUCAAGAUGAACUGGAAGGAUUGAAGGUCAGCAAGCAGGAAACAGUGGAAGGAACUGAAAAUCGAAAUGAAGAACUUGUUAAUGAAUUAAUAACGAAGCGGCAGAUAAUCGAUCAUUUAAGGAAACAACAUGAGAAUGAGAUAAGUAUAAUGCGCACGGAGAUGUCAAUACUGAAAGAGAAUUAUGAAAAAAUUUUGAAAGAGAAUGAUUCCAGAAAAGAAUUAAUGCAAAAAAAUGCCGAAAUGAUAGAAUUGAAACAAGAACUUAUCGAGUUCAGCCAAAAACUGUCAAAUAGAGAUAAAACGAUAGAAGAACUUCAUGGAAAUUUGGAACAGAAAACAGCAGCCAUUGCGAAUCUGGAAUCUGAGAAAGAGAUUCUGAGUACAGAAUUAGCGUCUAGUCAGGAACUAUCAAAAAUCCAUCAACAUUUGCAGCAACAACUAAAGGCAGCUCAGGCAGAACGUGAUGAGAUCGAGAAAAGAUAUUCGGAAAUGGAAGAAAGGAUGCAAAAGGCUGCGUAUGAGCUGGAAGUAGAUCGACGAGCUCUUCAGUUAGAAAAGGAGAAGCUAAACAAUCAUCAGUGGAUUGAAACAGAGGUGGACAAAAGUGAAACAGAAGAGAUGAAUUACAGACUUUUGCAGGAAGACGUACAAAAAACAAACGAUCUCGAUGAGAAGAUUGCAUUAUUGAGUGACGAAAAUAGACAAUUGAAAAAUGAAGUGGAAGACCAGCAGGCUGAUAUUCAGAAGUUAAACGACGAGAAACAAGCAUUAUUUAAAGCAGUGGAACAUCUGAAGAAAAAAGAAGAAUCAGAAUCAAAGGAAGAUGAUAUGUUGAGCGGGAAGGUAAAUUUCCUAGAACGAGAUGUGGAAGAAGAAACAGGUUUGAAACCGAUAGAUAUUUCACAAGAUUUAGAUCUUUUUGAAGACGUGAAAUUGAAGGAAUCAUGUCUUUCUGGUAGUAAAGACAGUGCUAAGGAGGAGAAUGAAGUACUUGAAGAGCUUCGAAGCAAGUUAAAUCUGAUGGAAAAUGAAAAACCCUCACUUGUGGCCAGUAUGGAAUCACUGGAAAAAAAUCUACAAGAAAUUAUAGAAGAGAAGAAUAAUAUGAUGAAGGAAAUGGAAGAUAUUCGUAUUAACCGGGAUAAUCUAAAGAUAAAAAUGGAAAAAAUGGAAGUGGAUGUCUGUGAAACUCUAUGCAGAAAUGAUUCAAAAGUAGAGAAACUUAAAAAAAAAUUAAGAGAUCAGGUUGACGAGACAAACAGCCUACGAAGCGCUGUUAUAAUUGCUAGAAACGAAAUUAAAGAAAGAUCAUUAAAACUAGAUGAAAUGGUAACGAAAAAUGAAGAACUAGAAGCAGUGAACGAAAAGUUAAGGAUUGAAUUUCUUCAUAAGGAAAAUAUCGUGAGUGAACUACAGAAGAAGAUAAAAGAACAAGGGAUGAAGGAAAAUGCUGACUUGGAAUUACUGAAGAAAAGUUUAGAAGAAGAACAAAAACGACAACUGAUUCUGGAAAAUGAUCUUACUGAAGCAAAAGAAAAUUUGAAUAAAGUGAAGAUUGAACUUCAAGAGAGGAAAAACAAUGAGGAAUUUCUCGAAACUGAACUUAACAAGGAAAAAAAGGAGAAGGAGAAGGAGCACAAGAUAAGAAAUCAGUAUGCUGUUGCACUGGAAAAUGCUCAGAGGAAUUUGGAAGAAGCACGAAAGCAACUAGGGAGCAUGGAUUUUGUACGAAUCGAGAAAGAUCGUUUUGUUACUGAGCUUUCCUUAGCUAGAGAGGAUUGCCAGAGGGUCAUACAACAAUUCAGACAGGAAAGUGAGCGACGAGCAGAGGAAAUAAAGAAGAAAGCGGAGCAAAAAGUGUUGGAAGUGAAGGAACAGUGUGAAACUGAUGAAAAAGCUGAGAAGACAGAACUUCUUUUACAGAUCGAAAAAAUGCGAUCACAAAUAGCUGAAAGAGAUUUUCAAGUUGAAGAGCAGAAAUUAAAUAUCAAUUCUCUGGAACAAAAGCUUUUUGAUAGACAAAAUGAAAAAAUCAUAAAUGAUUUGCGAGCUACUAUCCAAGCGAUAUCCGAUGAAAGAGAUAUGAAACUGAAUAAAUGCGCUGAAAUGGAAAAUCAACUGAAUUCUAUGGGUACAUCUGUAGAGGAAGCAAAGAAACAAUUAAAAUUACAAAAUCAAAGAAUUGCUUCGCUACAAGAUGAACUAGAAAAUGUGAAUGCUCAAAAUAUGCGUUUAAGAGAGAGCAAUCAAAUUGUUGAGCAGCUGGAACAAGAACGAAAAAUGCUGUUACAUAAGAAUGAGCAUUUUGAAAAGGAAGUGGAAAAACUACAACUAGAAAUUGUAACUAUGCAAAAAACUGCAUGUGAGGAAUCAGCUAAAGUGGAAUCAGAACGACACCGGCUGCUGCGUGAUCUGCAAAAAGAAAUCAAGCAGUUAUAUCAUGAUUUAAACGAACGCACACAACAGCUGAGUGAGACACAAUCCAAACUGCAAGAACUGUCAGCCAAAAAAACUAAAAGUGAUGAGAUUGAAGAUGUGGAAAAUAGUCACAGGACAUGUGCGCGCGGCGAACGUUUAAGGACCAGUUCAGAUUUAACUGAGCAGGCAGAUUAUGAAGAAUUAUAUGCUCUGCGGGAGCAAGUGGCAGAAUAUCAGAAGGAAUUAGAAAAUGUUAAAGAAGCGCAUAAAAAGGAAUUAACGCUACUAUGUAAGAAGACGCACUCUACUGAACAGUUCAACCUUAUUGGUUUGGAAUCAAUCACGAAUGGAUCUAUUUUGAGAGAUAAAGAGGAUCUGAACAGUGUUGUCUUCGUAGAGCCUACUGAAGCUGAAUAUUUGAGAAAUGUGUUGUAUCGAUACAUGAAUGAACGAGAAACAUUGGGCAAGGAGAGUGUUACAUUGGCUCGAGUGAUUGCUACCGUAGCGAGGUUUACACAUGAACAAGUGAAUACAGUGGUGGCAAAAGAGGAGCAAAGGAAUCAUGGUUGGGUUGGAGGUACCGUACAAGGCUUUAUCUCUUCUGCUGCGAAUCUAUCUUCUCAUUAA